AUGCGUACUCGACUUAGAGGCCCUGGAGGCACAUCUACUCUCACUCUUCCAGACGAUGCCACAGUUGGUGACUUACUCAUCCUAAUUACCGAAAAGACGUCUGUUGCCAAGUUCGAGAUCAAAUAUGGCUAUCCACCUCAACCACUGCUGCUGGAGCAGUACGAGAAAUCGCAAGCUCUGAGCCAGCUAGGCGUGAAGCUGGAUGGAGAACAGCUCAUAAUUAGCCCGAAAGAUGACCCAUCCACGAAGCAAGCAAGCCAGCCUGUCGCUGGUGAAACAGCGAACAAAGGGCAGGAGAAGAGCAGCAAGCUGCCCGCAGAAAGCAGCAGCUUCUCUUUCACCAACGUGCCUGGGUUCGAGCAACCUAAAGAAAGCAAGCAAGAGAGACCCGUUGCGCUUCAGAGAGCCAGAACCAUGGAAGGAGACGUCCCAGAACUACCACUGCCAGAAAGAGGGGCCACACUCGUCCUACGAGUAAUGCCCGACGAUAACUCCUGCCUCUUCCGCGCAUUCGGAACCGCCGUUCUCCCCGGCGACGACAAAUCCAUGCCCGAACUACGCUCCCUCGUCGCAAGCUCCAUCCAAGCCUCGCCCGACAUCUACACAAAAGUCGUCCUCGAGCAAUCGCCCGACGAAUACUGCCGGUGGAUCCAAACGCCCGAUGCCUGGGGCGGCGCCAUCGAGAUGGGCAUCCUGUCCAAGCACUUCGAGGUCGAGAUCUGCAGCAUCGACGUACAGUCUCUGCGUAUUGAUAAAUUCAACGAAGGAGCUAGCACGCGCUGCAUAUUGGUCUAUUCCGGCAUACAUUACGAUACCAUUGUGCAAAGUCCCUCUGAGCCACCUCAUACGAAAGCCAACAACCCUCCGGAUUUCGAUAAGCGGAUUUGGGAUGACGACGAUGAUGAGAUAUUAAUAUUGGCGCAGGAGUUGUGUAAGAAGCUGCAAGAUAGGCAUUAUUUCACCGAUACGGGGGGCAUGGCUAUUAAAUGUAAUGUGUGUGGGGUCGUGGUGUAUGGGGAAGGACAAGCUGGUGGUCAUGCUACGCAGACGGGGCAUUAUGAUAUGGCUGAAGUUGUUACGUGA